UUCCACCCCCUCGCCUACCGACUACUCUCCCUUCUUUCUCUCGUGUCUCGUUGCACGCAUUUUAUUCUGCACGGCUGGUGCUGUGCGGCGUAUCGCGUUUGUAGUGUGGGGGGAGAUGACUGUCGUUGAUUUGCGUUAAACCGUCCGACGAUGCAACCGAACAAGACCAUGAAGGCAAUCUUCAAGGAGGUUGUCGAGGGCCAACGAACCCAGAUUCUAGUCGAACACGACGUCGGUGUACCGCCUGUGGACAAAUACUCGGUGCUGAUAAAUGUGAAAGCAUGUGCCAUUUCCAGGACUGAUGACAAGGUUCUCAAGCUGCUUUAUAAGGAGAAGUCAAAGACCAAGUACCCAGUGUGCUAUGAGAUUGCAGGUGUUGUGGUGGAAGUCGGUGAUUGGGUGAUGUCUGUCAACCCUGGAGACGGAGUUGUCGGCUUGAUUCCACUGGAUUAUGAUCAGUCCGGAUGUGCCGACUAUGUCUGCCUGAACGAAUAUGACAUCGCCAAGAAGCCCGACAAUGUGAGCUUUGUCGACGCAGCAGGCUGCAUUGGCGACGCUGUAAGAGCUUACACAGGGCUGCACUACCUGGGUCGCAUGACCAGCGGCGACACUGUCCUGGUGAUGGAUGGCGCUUCAUCCUUUGGUGCUAUUGCUGUGCAGUUGGCUCAUCACUGGGGUGCAAAGGUGAUCACAACUGUGAGUUCUGCCGACGAAGCACUCUACCUGGAAGGCUUGAGGGGCCAGGUGGCUAAGGUGAUUGACUUGAGCAAGACAGACAACUCCACGGACUUCAUCACCAACUACACUGUGCUGGGAAACAAUAACAACAACAACAACGUUGGCAGCGGCAAAGCUGCCCUGGUGCCAGCUUGCAUGCAGGAGACGGGGGGCUUGGGUGUCGAUCUGGUGUUCGACAACGGAGUCACUCAGUUUGCCGAAACAAGCUACCACAUCAUCCCAGAGGAGACCUACUCGCACCCAGUGCCCAGCAAACACGACAUUGUGUCGUGCCUCGCGGUGGGCGGCCGCUGGAUCACGUCCAAGAGCGACCUGCAGUUGGACCCUCCACACUCCCAGAUGAUGUUUAUGAAGUGUGCCUCUCUGGGAUUUUUGUUUGAACAUGCCUGGACCCUGUCUUCAACUCAGCAGGGGCGCUAUCUGCAUAUCCUGAUGGACAUCAUGGAAAAAGUGUCGAGCGGCGUCAUCAGGCCCAACAUACACCACACCGUUUCAUUUGAAGCUGUACCAGAGGCAUUUCAGAAGCUCCCCGAGGAAAGAGUGGGCAAGGUUGUGAUGAAAAUGAAGUGAACAAACUUUUCGACAUUUUGUCAUUCCGAGGUUGUACCACUAUGCUUCCAAGUGCUCUCAAAUUUUUCUAGUCUCAUAGCGGCUUUCUAUAGCAUUUCCUUGGACAUUAUCGACAAUUAAUCUCAUCAGUUACAGCUUUCAACUUCGCUUGUUUUGUUAAGUGGAUUGAACCUGUUGUGCAAACUUUACGACGGUCACUGUUACAAGCAGCACUGUUGCUGUUGGGAUAGGAAUGUUCCAUAAGCCACAGCAUCAGACCUCGAGUCUUUGCUACAUUUCUGUGAAUUCAUUGCCCAGGCAACUUUGAAUGUACAGCAUGCUGGCUAAGUGCACACCUUCACUUGCUCACUAGUCUUCUGUGUUAGGGAUGCCAUUGUAGUAGUCAUCAUUACACUAAAGUGGACCUCCUACCCUAAUAUGGAGCCUAUGCUUGAAAGGCUUCUUAAAAGACAUCUGUUGUCUCGCAAUGUCUUCUUUUUAUGGUGCUCAUGGUAUGUGCUGCAUACAAGUCAUGUAGGCAUGAGCUAAUGUGCAAAGUCAGUGCUGGUUGAUGAAAGCUAAAUGAUAUACCUUGAAUGCUUACAAGUGUGAUACAGGUAAAGGGCAAGAAGGAUGUGUCCCUCAAAGAUGAAAAUGGCAGCUGAAGUGCAGCGUAAAGAAAAGAACAGCUCUUCUAUGACUGCUGAAUGACCGAGAUUAGUUUCUUUAAGUUUUUGCAUGCAAGUACAAAUACUUGCAUUCAAUGCAAGUACCUGUAAAAAUGCUAAAUAUGACAGGCCAAUUUGACGGUGUUUCACUUGACAAAUCUGGAGAUAACUGCAAGAUAGCUUGUGUCAGCCUGGAUAAGGCUGAACCUGGGUCAAGUGACAUAUUGGAAAUGGAUUAAUGCAAAGCUAAAUAUCAGAACUAAGAGCAUUUAGUGCCUGUUCAUUGUGCAAUGUCCAGUAAGUUCGGAGCAAUUCAUUAAAGUAAGUCUUGAGUCUAAACAGUGGCAUGUACUUCUCUCAACCAGUAUGCUUUGUGUUGAAUGUUCAUAAAUUGCAGUAUUUCCCUCCCAUCAUUUUGAGGGAUAUAAACAUCCUUGCCCCUUGAUAUUGGUUGUGCCAACACCAUUUUGCAAGGCCCAGUUUUUAGUAAAAGGCCAUCACAGAUAUAUUUCAAUCGAUGAAGUGCAUACAUUCCAAACCUGGAAUAUGUGAGUUGUAACCUAAAAAAUUUCAAUUAAAACUUUUCUCUGCAACCUGUCACUGUGCU